AUGGAGACGGACCACAAUUCAAUACAUCAAUGGCUUGCAAAGGUAUCCGAUGCUCGUUCUGCUUGCAAUGCGACAGGCGAUCCGAAUAAUUUUGGCUCAGUGCCUGCAAAUACAUUGCCCAUUGCGCCCAAACUAUUUGACACCUCCCGCGAACAUGCACUAGUAAAGGGCGGCUCUUUGGUGCAGGGUCAAAUCCAACCCCAGAAAGCUGGCCAUGAAGUACACCUCAGCUUUGACCGCAAACUGCGCCACAAGACUCGAGAAGAUCGAUAUGAGUACAAGGGUGCCAGCACUAGCAAGACGCAGUCCACAUCGAACAAGAACAAAAUUAAACGACGGCGAAGCAGGAAACACACGAUGGACGACAUGUUCCGUGCACCCAACGUUGCUCGUGAGAGGUUAACCCUCCGCGGCAAUCUGAAUAUUGGUAUUUUUAACAAAGGUAAGGUAUCAUCGCCACUGAAACUGGGUCACAUUCCCGAUUCUGCAUUUUCAGAACGCAAAUUCCUCACCAAGAGGCAACCUGGGACUCCAUCAAAGUCUCCCACUACGGACAAAAAGCGGAAGGCGGAUCCCGAGGCUUCAAGAAGAGGUACCGGUCGACAGCAGAAAUGGCCUGAAUACGUAUUCUCUGGGUUUUCCAACGAACCAGAAAUUGAAGAUGACAAGACAAAGCAACUCGUUUCUCAGGUCGGAGAGUUUGGCCAGCCAAAUGACGAAGCCAGUAUUGAUCAAGGACUUUGCGUAGGAAGAGGCUCGGGCCCAAUUGUUCAGAGAGAGCUACUCGAUACGCGGAGCCAUCGUUCAUCCUUGACACAACCAGUCGAAAAUACAGCAGGCUGGUCCGAGUCUGCUUCACUAUAUACCUGGUCUGAAACGAACCUCGAAAAGUCCCAACCGGAGCAUGCUUUGGAGAUUGAGCUGUUGAAACUUCUUCACGUGGGUCUUUUCCCAGCCCAAGGAGACGAUCUGUCACGAGAAACAAACCAAAAUCACACUUACUACGAUCUCGACGAGUUGAAAGCCAUUUUAAAAGGCCGAAAAGAGUGUUGGGUGUCGGAGAAUAGUCUGACUCGCCAGGUCGUUGCCACGCUGCCUGUCACUGUUUUCCGUCAUAAUUCGAUUGCUGAAAUCCACAAGAAACGCGAAGGGUUUGGAAGUGCGGCUCCGAUUGAUUCAACGUACCCACAAGCGAACGAUUUAAAUCCUGAGGAAUCAUCGCAUGACAAAAUUGUUCAACGUCAAAUUUCUUCUAGACCGGUCAGUCAACUUCACAAGACAAAGGUCAGCCCCAUUCCACAGCCGAAUCGGCUGGAACCAGGUACCUUCAGCAUCAAUGAUACCCAGGAAGCCCAGGGAAGUCCACCGGACGAUAUCUUCUUCAGUAAUUUAGAUGCAGCAUUUUGGGCGAUUGUGGAUCCGAACUCCCAAAACGAGAUGGACUCUUUGGUGAUGAUGGGAAUACAAAGGUCACCAAUCUUUGACUCUGAAGACAUCAUGAUAACAGCCGAGCUCAAAAAUGCUGAGGUCUCCAAGCGGCCCUCGCAAGGUACAUUAUCGCAUGCCCAGGUUGGAGUCGAGACACUUUAUUCCCCCCAACCUGCUGCUAAUGGUUAUUGUGGCUCUGAGAACCCUGUCACAGACCUCGAGGACGGCCAAAACAGAUUCAUAUUGUCCAGAGUCUCCCAAAAAGAAGAGUUGAAUUGCAUGCCGAUACAAAGAUAUUCACACCUACACUCGAGUACCGCCCAUUAUUCGAAUGAUGACCCAAUUCCUCCUGGCUUCUGGCGUCAGAAUAGGCUGUGUUGA